UGAGGUCACGCGGCAGCCGGACAGCUGUGAUAACGCGGCUGAGUGUGAGAGCCGCGGCGGUGCGUUAGGAUGGGUUAAUGUCUGCAGCUUUUUCGCAGUUUUCCACAGAGAACCAAGCGGCCCAUGCUCGCCUCGGCUGUCCGUUCUGGUUUGUGCGGUUAGCCGGCAGUAAGUGAUCGCUCCGAGCUUCCUGUUAGCCUAGCGGCUAAGCUAGCAAGCAGUUUGGUAGAGACGGAAGGUGAGGAUUGCAGUUACCAAACAUGGCGGGCGGCAUCACAGACACCGGGGAGCCCUACUCUGCGUUUGUGGGGCUGGUCUACAUGUUUAAUCUGAUUGUGGGAACAGGAGCCCUGACCAUGCCCAGAGCCUUCGCCACAGCCGGUUGGGUGGUCAGCCUGUCGCUCAUCACCUUUUUAGGAUUCAUGAGCUACAUGACCACCACCUUUGUGAUUGAGGCCAUGGCGGCGGCCAAUGCUCAGCUGCGCUGGAAGAGAAGAGAGCAGGAAGAGAUGGACGACAGCGACUCCACCUCCGACUAUUCGGACGACGAUAUGGGGCGAGGUCGAUCAGAACCGGAGACGAAGCCCAUCCUGUCUGUCCAGAGAGCGGGUCACCUUGAUCACUUCGACAUCGUGGAGCGGGUUGAGAUGGGUCAAAUGGCCUCCAUGUUCUUCAACAAAGUCGGCGUCAACAUGUUCUACAUCUGCAUCAUCGUCUAUCUGUACGGAGAUCUGGCCAUCUACGCCGCCGCCGUGCCCAUAUCGCUCAUGGAAGUCGCCUGCGGGAACCACUCCUGCAGCGCUGGAAGCGUGAAGUACAACGACACGGACCCCUGCUGGGGCUCCGUCACCAGGAAAGAUGCCUACAGGGUGUUUCUGAGCGUGUUUACCCUUUUCUUGGGGCCUUUCACCUUCUUCAACGCCCAGAAGACCAAAUAUCUUCAGAUUCUCACAUCAGUCAUGCGUUGGAUCGCCUUCACCAUGAUGAUCAUUUUGGCUCUGAUCCGGAUCGCCAAAGGCACCGGGGAGGGCCGCCCUCCUGUCGCCACCCUCUCCGGCGUGCCCAACCUGUUCGGCGUGUGCGUCUACUCCUUCAUGUGCCAGCACUCCCUGCCCUCGCUGGUCACGCCCAUCUCGGACAAGAAGCGAGUCGGCGCGCUGGUCCUGGCCGACUACGUCCUGAUCCUGGGCUUCUACGUGCUCCUCUCGUUCACCGCCAUCUUCUGCUUCGACAGCUCGCUGCUGCACGACAUGUACACGCUGAACUUCACCGACAACUGCGACGUGCUGGACAUCCCGGUGCUGCGCUACUUCCUGGGCCUGUUCCCGGUCUUCACCAUCAGCACCAACUUCCCCAUCAUCGCCGUGACGCUGCGGAACAACUGGAAGACGCUCUUCCACCGGGACGGCGGCACCUACCCGUGGGUGGUGGACCGCGUCGUGUUCCCCCUCAUCACCUUGGUGCCGCCCAUCGUCGUGGCUUUCUGCACGCACAACCUGGAGUCCCUGGUGGGGAUCACCGGGUCGUACGCGGGGACGGGCAUCCAGUACAUCAUCCCGGCGUGCCUGGUGUUCUACGCCCGGCGCCACCUGGAGCCGGUGGUGGGCAGAGACGCCGUCAACAAGCACCGCUCCCCCUUCCGCCACGCCUUCUGGGUGUGGUUCGUCCUGGUGUGGGCGGCCUCCUGCCUCAUGUUUGUCACCGCCAACAUUAUCCUGACUGACACUAAGAAAUGAGAACGAGCUUUUUAUGGGGAAUCUGCCGCCGUUUGGCCGGUUUCUUUGGGUUUUUUCUCGAGGCCUUAACUGCUGCUGGAUGGACUCUGUGCCUUUUUUUGUUUUUUUUUUAACCAGAUUUAAGUUGCUUAAAUGACGUGCAAUCAGUAUUAAUUUAUCAGAUUUGUUAAAAAGGGACCAAAUUAUUAUUAUUAUUAUUAUUAUUUUAUAAGUUCUGGAUGUGUGCAUGACGGCGAUCAAAGGGAUUUUAAGAAAAUGACCUUUUUCUCAUCAAACGGCUCGAGCUUUUCGCCCCGUUUCGCAGAAGC